UGGUGGCUUCUGUGGCAGAGGCAGAGCAACCUGUGGCAGGAUGUGUGAGGGGCCAUCCAGGAUUUCUGGGCCCAUUCCUCCAGACCCAACACUCUUUCCAGAGUAUUACAAACGCCCCUUCUCAGCUCGGGGGAGGCUGGAGGGAAAUGCUCAGAAGCUGUAUUUAACCUGUGGCUCCCUGGAUGCAGCUCCCAGCCCCUACCCUGCCUUGGGCAGUGCCUGGCAGGCUCAGCCAGCCCCUCGCAUUCGCCCCAGCGGAAAGGACUUCCUGGAGAGGGGACAGAAAGGGACACUCAGCCUCUUCCUGCAGCUCGAGGGGAUCUCCCUGGAUGGGGGGAUGCCAGUUAGGAGGAAAGAGGCCAAGGACUACGAGAAGGAGAAUGUGAGGCGGAUAAAGGAGAUUCAGAGGAAGUGCAAAGAGAAGGAGCGAGCCCAAGAGCGCAGCCAGCCCAAGCCUGUGAAAGCUCUGUGGAAAUCCCAGAAAUACGAGAAUGUGGAGUCAAAGGUGAAGGCCAAACUGCAGGAGACCUCCCCACCUCCAAAUCCCGAGGCUGUGAAUUUCCUGAGGGCAUAUUCUCGCUGUGGCUCUGGGAUCAAGCCAUGCAGACCUCUGUCCCCAAGGCCUGUCAGAGCAAAAGCAGGAGCAGACACAGAGGCUCCAGAGGCACAGGGUGCUGAAACCAAGAUGCAGGUGGAGGGCAGGAGCAUUGACUUCAUCAGGCACAACGCCUGCACUGCCAAGCGGGCGCCGCUGCGCCGCUCCCAGUCCCUGCAGGCGCUGGCUGAGCUGCUGGAGCAGAAGCACCGGGAGCAGGAGGAGUACAACACCAAGCAAAAGGGCCACGUCCCCCAGUACCUGCUGGAGAGGAAGGAGCUGUGGCGCAGGCAGACGGAGGAGCGGCUGCGGAACCUGCCAGACCCCGACACACCGCCCGGUCACACCAUGAUGCCCGAGAGCCAGCGCCUGGAGACCCUCGGCAAUCUGAAACAGAGCCAGGAGCAGCUGACAAAGGACCUGGUUCUGCUGCCAAUGCGUGGAGACAGCCUCAAGAUGCAGAAGAGGCGGGUAGAGCUCGAGAGGAAGCUCUCCCAGAUAGACGAGGCAAUCAAAAUAUUCUCAAGGCCGAAAGUCUUCAUCAAGUUGGACUCCUGAGCUGGGGACAGGUGUGUUGUGCUGCUCUGCCUGAACAGCCCUUGUUGCUGGGCAGGAAUGGACAUCACUUUUUGGGAAGGAAGGAGAGGAAGCCAAGUUCCAGACCCUGGGCCCAUGCAGGUGCUGGUAACAGUGUCCAGUAUGCAGCUGGCAUCUCUUGCUCACCUUUCAGUGCUGUAUCUUGUCCACAGGAAAGGGAGGGAGAUGCCCUAAUGAAGGCCCUGCUCAGCGAUCUGGAGAAACAGUUUUCUCUGCUGCUUGACUUCUCACAGAUGAGCUCUCUGCUCUGGAUCUGUGGCAUCACCUCUUACUUUCCCUUUAUUUCCUACUUCUAGAAACUGGUAGGAGGUCUCUUGUGCUGCUGCCUGUGGUAUUCCUUGUCUCUCUCUUUCUCCUGAGCUGGACCACGGUCAUGGCUCAUCCUGAGCACCUGAGGGCCCAGGGAGCAGCUUGGGGACAAGGAAGAGGCACAGAGCUUCAGUGUUUUCUGCCCAGGGAAGGGCUGGGCUGUCGGAAGGGUCCAGUCAGAUGUCUGGAGAAACCUUUGUUGUCUGUGUGGCACGAGAUACUCAAAUAAAUCAUCAUUUCCAUCUUGCA